AUGAACACAUUUAACGAUAAACAAAUCUAUAAAAAUAAUCUUUUAAGCAUUUCGGAAAAUCCAGUAUGGUCAACCAAUAGAAUAACACUUUCUCCAAAGGAGUAUGUUUAUUAUGUAAAUUUGUUUAACCUAAAUGACAAACAUGAAAAAAAUUACAUUGAUAAUAAAACGGCAUCGUCUUUUUUACAAAACUCGGGUUUAUCUAUCUCGGUUUUGCACUCAAUAUGGGAAUAUAGCGAUGUUCAAAAUAAGGGAUAUUUGACUCCGGAAGAUUUCUUUAUUUGUUGUAGGCUUGUUGCUCAUGCACAAAAUGGGAAUCCUUUAAGUUCCGAGAUGAUCAAUAUACAACCGCCUUGCCUUCCCAAUUUUGACAUAAUCCGACAUAAAUCAUUUUCAAACAUUUCAAAUAUAGAAGAGAAUAUAAAUUGGAAAAUUGAAAUAAAAGAAAAAGAAGAAUAUAAAAAGAUUUUUAAAAAGCUAGAUAUAAAUAACGAAGAAAAAAUAGAAGGAAAUGUUAUUAGAGAAUAUUAUUUAAAUACAUCAAACAUAUCAAUAUGUGAACUCAUGCAAAUAUGGAAUAUUUCUGAUUAUGAUAAUGAUGGAUAUUUAACUUUCAAUCAAUUUUGUGUAAUGAAUAAAAUUGUUGAAGUAAGAAAAAUAAAAGAAAUAAAUAUUCCAUUAUCUAUUCCAAAAAAAUUAUUUAGUUCUAUAAACCCAGAUCACAAUCUUGUUAUAAAUGGCGAUGAUACUUCACUCAAUCACAUGAACAAAGAAAUUGAGACACAUGCAUCUGACAAGUCUCCCUGUUUAAAUUUGUUAAAACCGGAAAACGAUGAAAAUGUUGAAAAUGAUGAAAAUGUUGAAAAUGUUGAAAAUGAUGAAAAUGACGAAAAUGUUGAAAAUGUUGAAAAUAGUGAUAGUGUUGAAAAUAGUGAUAAUGAAAAGCUUAAUAUGGAAUUUGACUUCUUCGAGUUUAAAAAUGAAGAAUCAGAUAAUAGUGAGUAUGAAAAAAGAAAAAAGAAAAAAGAAAAAAAAAAUGUAACUAAAUCAAACAUGGUCUUUAAGGAUAAAUGUGAAAAAUUCUCGGAUUUUAGAAAAGAGGAAGAAAGAGAACAAAAAGAUAUUAUACAACAAGUUUCAAAUCAUGAUAAUGAAAAUUUAAUAAUAAAUAAAAAGAAAAAAAAAAAAAAAAAAAAAAAAAUCGAAGAAAAAACAUUGACAUAUAAUGAAGAAGGCUUUGAAAUUGAGGAGAUGGAUCCAGAAAACCCAAAACAAAAUCGCAUAAAAAGUGGAAAAAAAAACGAAAAAAAAACCGAAAAAAAAACCGAAAAAAGAACCGAAAAAAAAAGCGAAAAAAAAAACGAAAAAAAAAACGAAAAAAAGGCUGAAAAGGAAAAACUGAAGAAAAGGGCAAAACAAAGGAACCAAGGAAAAGAAAAUUGGAAAGAAAAAAUGGAGAGACAAAAUAGUGAACAUAAUAGUGAACAUAAUAGUGAACAUAAUAAUGAACAUAAUAGUGAACAACAUAAUGAACAGGUUAGUGAACAGGUUAGUGAACAGAUUAGUGAACAGGUUAGUGAACAGAUUAAUAACAUGGUAUUAGAAAAUGUGUCAUCUAAUGGAACUAUUGAAAAGAAUAAAGAUAUUGAAAAUGUUGAAGCUCGAAAUAGGAUGUGGAAAGAUUUUGUGAAUGAAACAAAAUUAGCUAAAUUAAAUUAUAGAAAUAUAAAAAAUCGAAAUAUUGAAAAUAAAGAUAUAUAUAAAAUUGAAGAACUCAAUAAAAAAAUUCAAGUUGAAAAUACGGAAAAAAAAAUAAAUAUUGAAAAACAAAAAAAUCAAUUAAAUAGAUUAUCUUAUAUAUAUGAACAUGAAUUAAAAAGAUACCAAUGCCUUAAAGAUGAAAGAAGGAAUCUUGAAUUUUUAAAUAUAUGCUUAUAUAAAGAUAUAAAAUAUAAAAAAGAAAAUAUAAAAAAUAUAAAAAAUGAAAUUAAAGAGCUUAUACAUGAUAUAAAUAAAAUAAAUAUCGAAAAUUUAAAUAUUAAUAAAAGUUAUAUUAAAAAAGAAAAAGAUGUUAGAACGGCUGAUCAAAAAAGAAAAGAUUUAGAACAAGUUAUAAAUAAAGAAAAAAAAUAUUUAAAAAAAGAUGAAAAAAAUUUAAUUAUGUUAAAGAAUAUGAUUUUAUAUUUAAGGAAACAAAAAGCACAAGCUCUUAAAUUACAAAAUGAUUUAAAAAAUAGAUAUGAUGUUACGAAUACAGAUUAUCAGCUAUUAGUUAAAAAUAUUUUUCACCAACAAAAUAAUUUAAAUAACAUUAUUAAUAAACGUUUGGACAUAGAAAAAGUAAAAAAUCAGCAGAUUGUUUUGUUCAAUUCUUUAUCUAACCAAUCUAUAUUACUCGAUUUAAAAAAUAAAUAUCCUCAAUUAAAAAAAACUCUUGAAAAUUGCUCUACCCCCACAUUUCAAGCCCAUGACAAUCCACCUCAAUCUUUCCAACGAAAGUAUUUUGCAGACAAAAAGGGAAUCCCUAACGAGUUGAAUCAUGAAAUUAAGUCCGAAAAAAAAAAUAUAAAAAAAUUUGAAAAUAUUAAAAAUGGGGAUAGUGUAGAUAUUUUUUCCAGCCUCGAUGAAAUUGACUCCCUCGAGGAAGGCCCAGAAGAAGAGAAUGAGAGCUCAAACGAAUUAUCAUUGAAAGAUGGGAGUCUUAAGAGCGACGAAAACGCCUCAUAG